AUGAGGGCGACCAGUCUACUGCGGUUGCUCUUGAUCUGCUUCUACCUCCUUUCGAUCCACACCUUCGCCGCCGCCGGUGUUGGUGACAAGCUCGAGAAGGGCCAGAACCUCACCGACGGCGACACGCUCGUCUCAGCAGGGGGCUCCUUCACCCUCGGGUUCUUCUCUCCCGGGGCGUCCACCAAGAGGUACCUCGGCAUAUGGUUCUCCGUGUCCAACGGCACGGCCGUCUGCUGGGUUGCCAACCGCGACCAACCUCUGGUCGACAAGUCCGGCAUGCUGGUGCUCAACGACCUCGGCAGCCUCGUUCUGUUAGAUGGCUCCCGCCGGACGGUCUGGUCUUCAGACUUCUCCGGCGGCGCUUCUGCGGUGGUGGCGCAGCUUCUCGUGUCCGGCAACCUGGUCGUACACAAUGGCAGCAGCGACGCCUCCCUGUGGCAGUCGUUCGACCAUCCGUCGGACACCUUGCUACCUGACAUGAAGCUGGGCAAGAACCGCUGGACCGGAGCCGAGUGGCAGCUCACGUCGUGGCGCUCGGCCGACGACCCGGCUCCGGGGGACUACCGCCGCACGCUGGAAACCGAGGGGUUACCGGAGCUCGUCGUGUGGCGAGGCAACGUCAAGACGUACCGCACGGGCCCGUGGAACGGGCUCUACUUCAACGGCGUCCCGGAGGUGUCGGCGUACGCGGGCAAGUACCCUCUGCGGGCGACGACGAGCCCGUGGGAGACCACCUACGGGUACACCGCCGCGCCCGGCGCGCCGCUGACCCGCGUCGUGGUGAACCACACCGGCAAGGCGGAGCGGUGGGAGUGGGACGCGAGCAGCUGGGCGUGGACUCGCAUAUUCCAGGGGCCGAGGGACCCGUGCGACGAGUAUGGGAGAUGCGGGCCGUUCGGCCUCUGCGACCCCGAGGCGGCAUCGUCGGGGUUCUACGGCUGCGUCGAGGGCUUCAGCUUCAGCAGCCCUCCCGCCACGACCCCGCCGGCGCAGGAGGUGAAGGGUACCACCUGCAGAAGACACGCAGCGCUGGACUGUGCCGGCGGCACUACGACGGACGGCUUCGCGGUGGUGCGGGGGGUGAAGCUUCCUGACACGCAGAACGCGUCGGUGGACAUGGGCGUCACGCUGGAGGAGUGCAGGGCGAGGUGCUUCGCCAACUGCUCGUGCUUGGCCUAUGCCGCCGCCGACAUCAGAGGAGGCGGCGAUGGUUCCGGCUGCGUCAUGUGGACGGAUGCCAUCGUUGAUCUUCGUCUCGUUGACAUGGGGCAGAAUCUCUACCUGAGGUUGUCAAAAUCAGAACUUGAUGACCAUAAAAAGUUUCCUGUUCUACUCGUUGCCAUACCUUUAGCUUCCAUUGUUAUUAUUCUACUGGUCGUCUUUGCGAUUUGGUGGAGAAGGAAGCACACAAUCAUAGGUGCUAUUCCUCAGAGCCAUGCCAUGGUUAAUUACAUGCAAUGUUAG